AUGAAGACUUUUAUCAUUUGGAUAAGUUUCAUUGUUUUGUCUUGUCAAUGCCAAGAGACUCAAAUGUAUGUUAAUGAAAUUAAAGAAAAAAUUAUUGAUGAAAUGAAACAAGGAAUGGAUGGAAUUCAUAAACUCAAAGAAGACUUAGUCUUUGCUUACAACCAUCCACACAGAAAAAAUAAAGAUUAUUUUAAAGCAAUCUCUGAAAAAGAAAAAGAAAGUAUUACAACACCAGAUUCAGGAAUGAAUGAAAGAACAGUAAAUAUUGAUCAUAAUUGUGGAAGUGGUGAAAAGGAAUAUUAUAAUUUAAAUAUUAGUGUUUGUGAUGGAAAUUAUAAAAUUAGAAUUAAUGAAUAUUUUAUCGGUCAAGAAUAUUUCAAUGCAUCAGAAAUUGUUGCUAUAAAUUCUCCAUGUGAAACAAUAGAAUGUACUGUCAAUGAAUUCUUUAUUGAUGAAAAUCUUUUUAAAAUUGAUCAAUUCAAAUUUAAUAAAUGUGUUAUCUUUAAAUUUAAUAAUAAUGAAAAUCAUUAUAUGUCAGAAAUUGAUAUUUCUUUAAUUUGUGAUAAUACAACACUUAUCGAUUCAACUCAUUAUGCAUACAAUUGUUCAACAAUGAAUCUUGUUUGUGAUGAUAAAGUUAUUUCUAAUCAUUUUUAUUAUACUACUAAUUAUUCACAAUUUAAAAAUUGUUUUACUGUACCUGUUCUUUGUAAUGAUAAAAGUCAAUGCAAUCAAAUUACUGUUGACUGUCCUGAAGAAUAUCAUUGUGAUAUCACAUUCAAUAAUACACAACCUUGUAAUAUAAAUUGUAAUGAAUCAAGAUUAGUAUCACAUUGCUUAUGUCCACCAGAUAAAAAAGGAAAAUGGUGUGAAGAACAAACUGAUGUAGAAUGUAAUUUGAUUAGACUACAGUCAAACGUCCAAUCAUUUUCACAAAGUAAAUACCUUGACCAAGAAGAUCCUAACGAAGAAUAUGCUAUUCAAAUAUAUCCUUUUGACGGUGUUAAUGAUAUAGAAAUUUCUGUUUAUAUUAACUGUACUAAUCAAGUAAAGUAUGAUAAUCAAUACCAAUAUUGGAUUAACACAUCUUCUCUUAUUUUUUCAUCUGAUCCUGAACGUCAGUUACAAGUAAGCGUUAUAAAUUUUUAUCAUUUUUAUGAUCGGUCUGAAUACUUUGCUUCAAAUAUUACAAAAGAACAAUACCUAGCACAACAACCAAUUAAAUUUAUAAUUAAUUCUACUUUCUUAACAACAACAAGAUCAUGGAAUGGUGAUUUAUUAUAUGCUGAAAUUGUCAUUAAUCCUCAUUUAUCUUCUACUUCAUUUGCUUUAACAAAGUUCUAUAUCCAAAGAAAAUACACUGAAAAAAAGUACAAUAAACAUAAUUGGAUAAAACAAAAUUGGUUGGUUCUAAUCCUAAUCACUGGUGUUCUUCUUCUCACUGUCCUUGCAGUAUUCUGGUAUUACUGGAAAAAUAAGCAAGAGUUUGUUCAUGUGAAAGAAGUUUAA